AACUUUCGGCCACUCGCAGUACCGCUGCCGUCCGCAGAGCGGCGCCCCGCCGCUGCACGCCGACGGAAACGCUCGUAGCGUCCGCGCUCCGACUUCCGCUCGCCGUUCGAUUGUUUGGAGGCUUUCCGGCGUCCAAGAUGAACGCGCCUCCCGCUUUCGAGUCUUUCCUGCUGUUCGAGGGCGAGAAGAAGAUCAGCAUCACCAAGGACACCAAAGUGCCCAACUCGUGCCUGUUCACGCUCAACAAGGAGGACCACACCCUCGGCAACAUCAUCCGAGCGCAACUCCUGAAGGAUCCUCAGGUUCUCUUCGCCGGCUACAAAGUUCCUCACCCUCUGGAGCACAAGAUCGUCAUCCGGGUGCAGACCACCCCCGACUACAGUCCUCAGGAAGCGUUCACCAACGCCAUCACCGACCUGAUCAGCGAGCUGUCGCUGCUGGAGGAACGCUUCCGCGUGGCCAUCAAAGACAAGCAGGAAGGCAUCGAGUGACGGUGAUGUCACUUCCUCCUCACCUCUGCGCCAGUCAAAUAAAAGCGUUUUCGUA